AUGUCUAGUAAUACUAGCUCCGACAUUCUAAUUGCCGGCGCAAUCGCAGCAUUUACUGUCGACCUCCUUGUCUAUCCUCUAGACACUAUCAAAACAAGAAUACAGUCUCCAAACUAUGCUCACUUUUACACAAACGCCCAGACGGGGAAACCGAAUCCCGCUCUGUUCCGUGGAGUGUACCAGGGAAUUGGAAGUGUCAUCAUAGCAACACUACCUUCAUCAGGAGCGUUCUUCACCACCUACGAGCGCACAAAAACCCUCUUCACCCGCCUAAACACCACAUCCGCUUCGCCCAAUGGCGUUCUCCCCAUCGCAGCAGUCCACGCAGGCGCCUCCUCUCUCGCAGAGCUUGUCUCCUGCGCCAUCCUCACUCCAGCCGAAGUCAUAAAGCAAAACGCCCAAAUGGUCUCCUCCGGCUCCCCUACCAACGCCACGCUGCAAACCCUCGCCAAAUUCAAAUCUAAUCCGCUAGCCCUGUGGCGGGGCUAUACUGCUCUCGCGGGCAGGAACCUACCGUUUACUGCUAUGCAGUUCCCCAUGUUUGAGAGGCUCAAGGUCUUGAUCAGGGAGUAUCGGGAUCGCCGGGGUUUGUCGACGGGCACGAUCUAUGAGAGUGCGUUGAUUACAGCGUUUAGUGCUGGGUCGGCCGGUGCGGUUGCUGCGGUUAUUACGACGCCUGUGGAUGUUGUUAAGACGCGGAUUAUGCUUGCUGCUAUGGAUGAUGCUGCACAUGAAGGCGCGUCUCCCCAAGCGAAAGUCAAGCCGGAUGGGUUAGUUGAUGCAUUUGGGAAGUCGGUCGAGUCUACAAAAGUCUCGGCGAAGAGCGCAGUGCGCAGUUUGAAUCCGUUGGCCACGUCGGAGAAAAGGGGGAGGAAGAGCAGUUGGCGAAUUGGGCAGGAGAUCGUCGCUGAAAAGGGCGUCAAGGGCCUGUGGAGAGGUGGCGCGCUAAGAGGUGUCUGGACAUUCGUAGGGAGCGGAUUGUAUCUUGGGGCGUAUGAAAGCGGCAUGGUUUAUUUAGCUGCUAGGAGAGGAGAGCAUGUGAAUGAGGCAGACUUCUUGUAA